AUCCACUCAAGAGAAGACGAUAUCUAGAUAUGUCCGAGUUGAAGUAUGAUGGCAAUGGGAAUGUGAUUUCAGUUCCUAAACUUGACCGCCCAUUGAAGUGGACAUUUGGACAUGAGAGGAAACUAAGGGAUGUACCAGAACAAUGGAAUCAACUUGGCAUGUUGGAUGUUGCUUUGGAAGUAAAUGAUAGAGAAAAACUUUUGAUUGUUGCUUAUCUUCGUGUUUGGCUUGGCAGAUUUGUUUUUCCAAAUGGGGAAGAAUUUGUUAAAGUCGGAACUUUCAAAGCUGCAGCCCAAAUGGCAAUCGGUGUUACCUACAGCUUGGUUCCUCCUAUCUUGGCAUGCAUCUAUCAUGGACUUGGACAAUUAACAAAAAUGCCUAAAGGUUCAUGGGUACAUGCAACUGAAACUCCUCCUUUUCUUGGACAUUAUUUAUAUGCUUGGAUUGGUUUACAUUUCACCGACAAAACUUUUGCAGCCAGAUAUGAAGCCUUUCUACCUAUGGUUCGGCAAUUUCGUGGGAUUUUGAAUGCCUACCAGCCUUGGGAACUAGAGGUAACGGAUUGUCGUGCAGUUUUACGAGGUGAUUUAUCCUCAGACGACUUUUGUUGGACUUUAGUGCCUUUACCAACCCACCCUGAACCUCGAGUUGAUGAUGGACAACGACGGGCUGACACUUUGGAUUUCAUGGUGAGUAUCAAAGCAGGUUAUGUGGUGCUUCGCCAAGAAGGCCGCUUCACAAAGAAGUCUUACAAUCCUCACCGAUUUGCUAGACAACAUGGAUUUCAACAAAGACUUCCAGGAAGACAUGUCAAAUUGCCUCACGGUGGUGAAGUGUUAGAUCUUUAUCGAUUUUGGUUAUCUUUAACCCGAGUACAUAGCACCACAUUUCUUCAUAUCCCUUCAGUUGAAGGCGGAGUAGCAUCUAGGGUUGACCCAGCUUAUGUGAAGUGGUGGAAUGAAGAAUUUUUUCCUUCAAUUUUUGCAGUGAGCAUCCAAUUCUUGAAGGCUAGCGAGGCUAGAAAUUUCAUCCCAUCCUUAAUGAAGAGCACAGUGAUCAGACCUCAAGGGAAGGGGAAACAGCUUCAGCACUAUUGUCUCCCUCACAGAAGCGAAAUAAUGCUGAUGACCCUAGUCCACCUUCAAAGAAGCAGAAAUGCAACAGAAGUCCUCAAAGAGAGCCAAACUCUUUACAACAUCCACUUUCUACACCUACUGCCCGAAAUAUUUAACUCCCCAGAAUUAAGAGGACUGUCAGGAGAUGUAGAGAUCAUUGGUGCUUUAGAUGAUUUUCUUAAGACAAACACUCUUGAGAUACUUGGAUCGCUUCCAACUCAAAUUGAUGGAGGAGUUCUAUCCUUAAAUAUUGAAGCACUCCAGCUCUAUUUCCGCAUGGAUGUUGACCCUUUACUCAAGACGAUGGAUGCUUACCUAUCUAAGGUAAAUCUUUACUUAGCAAAACGAGAUGAGGUGUCCACCAGCUUGGAUGUUGAAGAAAGAGAUAAAUCUCUUGCUACCGUACAGAAAGGGAUAUCAUUAAAUCAGAUCAUCCAUGACUCUCUUUCAAAGGAAAUCAAUGAAUUCACCAAAAAGAAGGGAUCCCUAGAAAGUAAGAUUGAAAGUUUGAAGAAAGAGCUAGAAUCAAUUAAGCAGCAACAUAGUGAUGUGACUUCCACACUUGAUUUGCACCUUGACAAGAGGCUGACGGCAGAAGAACAACUCCAAUCCAACCAAGCAAAAUUGAUAGAGUUGGAAAACUCCAAAGUUGUAGCUGUUGAGACAGUCGCAGAAGUGGAGAGGAUGCGACAAGACCUUGAAAACUUUGAGCAUUCCAUUUCAAAGACUUGUCAAAUUUUGGCUUUAGCCACUUUGUGAGUAAAUAAGAUGCAUUUUUUUCACUUUUGUUGUGCUCUUUGCUUUGCUUUCUUUGCUUGACAUAGACAUUUCUCCCUUUGUUGGACACUUGAAAUGAACCAUAAUCAAAAGCAAACUUAAAU